AUGCCCCCCAGCUCAGCAGCAGCAGCAACAGCGGCAGCAGCAGCAGCAGCGGUGGCAGCGGCAGCAGCAGCAACAGCGGCAGCAGCAGCAGCAGCGGUGGCAGCGGCAGCAGCAGCAAGUUCGGCAGAGGCUUUGGGGGGCAAGGCAGAGAGGGCGUGGCAGGGUAAAAAGGCGCUCAAGCAGCAGCAGCUGCAGCAACCGCAGCAGCAGCUGCAGCAGAGGCGGCAGCAGCGGCGCGAACAGCAAGAAGCUGCGGAAGAGCAGCAGCAGACGAACGCCUGCAAGCAACGAAGAGACUGGAAGCAGCGGAGCAGCAGCAGCUGCAGCAGCAGCUGCAGCAGCAGCUGCAGCAGCAGCUGCAGCAGCAGCUGCAGCAGCAGCUGCUGGCGCUGGGCUCUGUGCAGCUGA